AUGCCGUCUCCGUAUCCGUGCGCAGCAGCGCCAACGUUACCACAGAGAACAAAGAACAGCCACCGUCAAGGCAGGUGCCACAUCAGUGGCUUCCUACAUGGCAAAUCCGGUCACUGCAACAGGGAUCAGGGCUCGGUCUGUUGUAAAUACGGUCACCGCUACCCGCAAUUCAGGUGCUCGCCCCCGGUGUCGGCCGACACACCGGCGAUACUAACUUUGAACAGCUUCGCACGAGGUAGAGACGGCGCUGGCAAAUCGUUCUGCGACAACCGCUUCCACAAGGACACUGAGCUGAUGGUGGCGCUGUCCACGGGGUGGCUGCGCCUGGACAGCAAGCGCAGGUGCAACAAGAUUAUCCGCGUCAACGGGAACGGGCAUGCCAUGCUGGCCAAGGUCGUCGACGAGUGCGACUCGGUGUACGGCUGCGACGCCGAGCACAACUUCAAGACACCGUGCCCAUACAACGACGUAGACGCGUCACCGGCCAUAUGGAAGGCGUUGGGGCUCAAGGAGGAGAUUGGAGUGUUCAAGAUCACUUGGUCUGAUGUGUGA